AUGGACACCGGCGGGUGCUCCGUGGAGAGCACCAACGUCACGGAGACCGAUGGCGACUUGGAGUUCGAGAGCACGACCGCUGAACUGUUCGCAAUGACCCCCGACCCUGCCGCGGGAACUGUGGACGUGCGUACGUUGCACUCCGGUGUCCAGAAUGCCAUUGAUGCAGAGCUGACGAACCGUGGCUUGAUCCCAAUUCGAGGGGACAUCGACGAGAACCACACCCGCGAG